CAGCUGAGGAUCCCUUUUUUUGUCCACAGAAGAUCCCUGGGUGUAAAGGGGGAAAAAACACAACCCAGAAUAAAGACUUUUUCUUCUUCUUCUUGCCCUGGAAAAUGUCAGGAAAACCAAAGGUCUAUCAAGGUGUCCGAGUCAAGAUUACAGUGAAGGAGCUUCUGCAGCAGAGAAGAGCCAAGCAGGCUGUGGCCGAUGAAGCCGUUUCCGGAGAAGGCAGUGGCAACAAUGUCCAGUUCACGGAGUCUUUCUCCCCUCCCUGUGCAGCCCCUUACGUAGACACAGAACUUGCCUCUUCUUCAUCUGGCUGCGUACAACCCUGGCAGUUCCAAAACUGCACUGCCUGCGAGGAGAUCCCCAGUUACUUGGAGCAGCUGGUUGAUUCCUGCCUUCAAACUGAGCUACCUUUGGAUGCUACUAUGGGGACUACCCAGGGCAACAUGCCUUGCUCGCCCGACAGCUUCCAACUAGGCCCUCCCUACCUCAACCAAAGCCUGGGUCCCGGAUCCCCGGAUUCCUCUGACCCCUCCAGCUCAUUUGAUUACAGCUACUCUCCACCGCAGCCUCCUCCUUUCACCCCACUCUCUUAUAGCUCCCCUUCCCCUCUGGAUGUCAAGAGCUGCAUGUAUCCAUCGUCAGAAGGAAGCCCCUAUCACCAGCAGUCCCAGUUACAGUACAACCACGCCCCUUCUGCCUGCUGCUGUACGUCUUGCGGCUCCCAGCACUUGGACGCUUUCAGAGUACCGGAAUAUUUCCCCUAUGCAAACACGGACUGCAGGGACUAUGCCCCUUCCGUCUCCGUAGCAGACGACUUCUUCCGGAGAGAUCGGAGCUGGGAUACAUGCUACAGCUAAUGGGGGAGCGUCCGGUUGGCGGCCGCUGUCCUAAACGCAGGAGAUCAGCAUAGACUCUGGUUGCCAUUCUGGUUGGAGGAGGGUGCAAGCAUCCCAGCUUCACAGAGUUCUUCAUCGGGUGUAAUGGAAAGGGGGUGACAUUAUUAGACCGUUGGUUCUCUGCGCUAAAACACACACACCGGGGAAUCCACAUUCUUCUGCACAGAGAAAAGCUGAAUCCUGCGAGCAACUUAAUUGAUGUGAAUGCCACUUAUUUUGCCUAAUUUGCUUUGCCUCUGCUGGUUGUGGGGAGGAUCAAAGGGGCUAGGCAGGGCGCUGCCGUUGUACUCCUGGCCCACUGGGUAUCUUAUUCACCAUCAUGUCUUAUGUCAUUGAGCACUGCCUGUAUACUUCUGUAAUCAUAAGUAUUAGAAACUUCUUUUUUAAAAAAAGGCUUGAGCUAAAUUGUGCAUCCAGCAACACAUUUCGCAGUUCUUCUGUACUCGAUUGGAAUUGCGGCAUGUGCACAGCCCGUUGUUUAACACCCUGGAUUAGUGGCAUGUUUUACCCUCGCAACCCGGCGUGCUCAAUAUAUUUAAAACUUUAGUCCCCUCCAGAUGAAGGGUUCUGUGAAACGCAAAAGCUUGCAUACGCCUAUCCAUAGAAUAUAUAUUCUGUUUCCUUCAUCUCUUUCAUAAAUACAGCAUGUAUAUAUGUUUGUGCUUGGAUCAGAUAAGCCAGUAUAUUGCCUCCACGAACAUAACUCAACCUUUUCCUUCUUCUGGUGGUGUUUUCUGUGGGGUUCAUUUAAGGGUGCGCACAACGUUUUAAACCACAUCACAGCAUUUCUUUCGCCAUCCUGUCAUUCUUGUAUCUUUGAUUCCAUUAAACAAACGUCAGCCAAUUUGCCGCA